UGUUGGUAAUUUAUGACAAUAAAGGGUAAAGUUUUCUUUAAAAAUUAUUAAAUCGUUAAAUUUGUAAUUUAUGAACGGAAUUAAAAAUCAGUUCGAGUUUAGCAUUGCCAUCUGUUGAAGGAUAUAACAAAACAAAAAAAACGGAGUUUAUGACAACAUAUGUUCUGUGUGAUGGACUUGUAAAGUUUAACUCUUUUUUCAAAAUUUUUACAUUUUCAAUAGCUGAUUCUUAUUGAUUAACAUUAUUAAAAUGGCAGCAAUUUUGAAUUCUAAUGAAAGAUCUUUAAGGUCCGUGUUUGUUGGUAAUAUUCCAUACGAUGCCACUGAGGAGAAAUUGAAAGAAUUGUUUUCUCAAGCUGGACCGGUUUUAAGCUUUAGACUUGUAUAUGACAGAGAAACAGGCAAACCAAAGGGCUAUGGUUUUUGCGAAUAUAAAGAUCAAGAGACCGCUUUAAGCGCUAUGAGAAAUCUAAAUGGACAUGAAUUAAAUGGACGCACCCUCAGAGUUGAUAAUGCUGCAAAUGAGAGAACCAAGGAAGAAAUACGUAACCUUCAAUCAUCACUUGGUGGUACAUUCGAAAGUCCAUAUGGUCCUGAAGUCGACCCAGAAAGAGCACCGGAAGCAAUAAGUAAAGCAGUAGCAAGUCUUCCACCUGAACAAAUGUUUGAACUGGCUAAACAGAUGAAACAAUGUAUUCAAACUAAUCCCAACGAGGCAAGAAAUAUGCUGCUACAGAAUCCUCAGCUGUCAUAUGCUCUACUUCAAGCUAUAGUUGUCAUGAAAAUAGUGGAUCCCAAUGUUGCUUUAAGCAUACUUCAUCGUAGUACGCCAGUUGCCAAUGUAAUACCAGAGCCAGUGGUUGUUCCGCCAAUGAUGGGAGUUGCACCAGUACCUACUCCUGGAGUAGCAUCAUGGCCUCAACCAGGGCCAGUUUUACCCGAUAAUUAUGUUAGAGGUGUGAUUCCUCCAGCAGGGCAGCCUGUUGCACCACCUCCAGUUGCACCUCCAGUGGCUUCUGGAGUUCAAUUCGAUCCUAGAUCGCUAGACCCGAGAUCACGUGAGAGUACAUCUUUAGAUCCUCGAGCGCGGCCUCAAGGAUCAGGUUCUCAACCACCAUUCGAUCCUAGACUGGCAGCUCAAUCUCCUGCCUCUGGUAAUAAUCGACCCGGUGGACCGCCACCUACUACUUCAUCUUCUCGAAUGAAUGCUCCUUCAUCCUCUGUCAAUAUUCCUAAUUUACCUAAUCAAGAGCAAGAAAAGGCUGCUCUCAUUAUGCAAGUCUUACAAUUAUCUGAUCAACAAAUCGCCAUGUUACCAGCUGAACAAAGGCAAAGUAUUCAAUUGUUAAAAGAGCAAAUCUCAAGAGGAGCAACGCAUUAGUUAUCAUAUUUGAACAAAUAAAAUCAUCAAUUAAAUAUUCUUUAAAAAAUUAAAAAA